ACCACAUGCUGGACAGAGAGCUCUGCAGGAGUUUCUAAUAGAGCAGUGGUGCAGAUUUAAAAGUGCAUUGGUCCUGCACUGUUCUCAAUUGAGCUGUAGGCACAGUGAAGAUGAAGUUUGAGGAUAUCCUGGAGGAAAUCAACGGUUUUGGGCCUUUCCAAAUCCUCAUCAUCAUCCUGCUGUGCAUCCCUCGAAUAGUUCUGCCCUGUCACUUCCUACUGAGUAACUUCAUCGCUGCAUUUCCUCCUCACCACUGUGACAUCAGCACCCUGGGUGAUGGAGGUCUCUUAAAAAAUUUAACUCACGAGCAGAGACUGACCGUCAGCAUUCCUGUACGAGAGGAUGGGGUCCCAAAAUCCUGCGAGAUGUUUGCAGAGCCUCAGUUUCAGCUCUUAGCCAACGGCUCCAUCAGCGCUGACCUGCCAACUGUUCAGUGUCAGAGUGGAUGGGUUUAUGACAACUCCACCUUCACCUCCACUCUGGCAACAGAGUGGGACCUUGUCUGUGAUAGAAAAAGCCUGACCAAAACAACAGGCACAAUCUUCUUUGUUGGAGUGAUGAUGGGGGGCAUUGCUUUUGGAUUCCUCAGUGAUAAGUACGGGAGGAGAAACUCUCUGCUGGCCUCGUACAUCAUAUCCGCCGUGUUUGGCUUCUCCAGCGCAUUUGCAAACUCCUAUGUUUUGUUUGCAGCGCUGAGAUUUCUCACCGGGGUUGGACUGACAGGAAUCAGCAUCAUCUCAGUAGUUCUCAGCAUUGAGUGGGUUGACACAGGUCACAGGUCAUUUAUUGGUGUGAUUGGCAGCCUGGCUUGGUCUGCCGGGAACAUGCUGCUGGCUGGGUUUGCCUUCCUGGUGAAUGACUGGCGGACACUGAUGAUGACUGUCACAGCUCCACUGGGUGUUGCAGUUCUGACCUGGUGGUGGAUUCCUGAGUCUGCCCGCUGGCUUUUAGUCAACAAUAAAGUGGAAAGGGCUCACUUUUACCUUGACAAAUGCGCCAAGUUCAACAAAAGACAAAAACUGUCAUCCAAGUUUAAACAAGAGACACUGUCUGAAAUCCUGGAAAAGCAGGACACAAACUACACGUACCUUCACCUAAUCAAGACCCCAAAGAUGAGACGGUUAACUCUACUGACUGGGAUUGUGUGGUACGGAGUUUCCUCAGCGUAUUAUGGAAUCAGCUUGAACAUCAGUGGAUUUGGUUUAAACAUGCACCUCACACACUUCAUCUAUGCUGCCAUUGAAGUCCCCGCCAAGCUGAUGAUCUACUGCUUUCUCAACAUCAUUGGACGAAGGAAGUGUCAAGCCGGCACGCUGUUACUGACUGGCAUCUGCAUCGCCAUAAACAUCUUUUUACCACAAGGUCUGUGGCACAUGCGUGCUGUUGUUGCCAUUCUUGGAAAAGGCCUAUCAGAAGCUUCCUUCACUGCUGUCUUCCUAUACACAACAGAACUUUACCCCACAGUUGUCAGACAAAAUAGUUUGGGCUACACCACCUUCAUGAGUCGUCUGGGAGCAUCAGUGGCUCCGCUUAUCCUGCUGCUGGAGGACGUGUGGACUCCUCUUCCUCAGGUCAUCAUCUGCUCUUUGGCCAUCAUUUCUGGCCUGACGGUUUUGCUUCUACCAGAGACACUAAAUGUGAGGCUGCCCGAGACAAUAGACGACAUUGAAAAGCCAAGAGCAAGUGAGGUCUCCUCUCACUCUGUGGAGACUGCAGGUGUUUUCCUGGAAUCAAUGAGCACAACAGACAUUUAGUAGUGAAGAGACGAGUAAAACAGGGACUUUGUAACUUGAUCAUGCAUCACACAUAACUACCCUGACCUUACUGCCUUUUGCACAUGUAAACAGUGGAGUCGAGCACACUGUCAUCAUUCAUCAUGUAGAGUACAUCUUAUCUUUUCUGCUAUUUGUAAGAAAACUCAGGUCAAAAUCUUUCUGUGUGUCAGUGUGUUAACAUCAAUGUUUGGGUUAGCGAAGAUAAUGUAUUUAUAAGGUGCAAACUGAA